CUAGCUAGCGGUUAGCAACCCAGUGUUAGCUAGUAUAGUGCUAACGCUAUGAGUUGGAUGUGUUAAGUGGGUUAAGAAGUUAUUUCGGAUAUGUUGGUUGCUAAUAGCGCCAUGAUGGACCUUCCCUGUGAGGUAACCGGUACCGUUAGGUUACCGCUAAUCUCAAGUAACGUUGUUAGUUGCCUACGGAGACAGAGCGAAGUUAAGUUUGCUAACUUAAGUUAGCAAGUGUAAGUAGUUAAGCCUGGUCAUUGAUAAAGUUUUUACACCAGUGUCUGAAUGAAUUUCAUAGAGGACAUAUGAAAACUGCUGUAAGGUGUGCUAAUCUGUGAGAGAAAAUCAGAGGAGAGUCCCGGUAACACAAUAUCCUAAACUCCCUCAUCAUCAACAUGGGGGCUGUUGUCUCACGGUGGAAGGCUAAACCAUCCACUGUGGAGAUUUUGGAAGGAAUUGAUAAGGAUAUACAGAUUCUUGAGGAAUAUAGUGAGAAGUAUCAAAGGCAGUUGAAGAUAUGGGUUGGGCGACUGCUUCUAUACUCGUCUCUUCUCUACUUGGUGACAUGUAUAGUUGUGUAUUUCUGGUACCUGCCUGAACAGUUAAUGGGGCGGCUCGUUUUGUCUCUUCCCUUCGUAAUAUUUCCCUUAUUAGUGUGGUUACUCCGAAAAUUGCUUAUAAUUAUUUUUUCACGAAGAACUGAAAGAAAUAAUGAGAAAUUAGAAGAUCUUAAAGCACAAAAAAAGAAAAUACUUGAAGAAGUUAUGGAAACUGAGACAUACAAAAAUGCUAAAAUGAUUCUGGAGAGAUUUGAUCCCGACUCCAAGAAGAAAAUUGAGCUGGAAUCGACUCCAGUUGCACCUCAGAUGACUCCAAAACCAGGACAAGAGCUCCGCCAGCGCAAUGUCGUUCCAAAGACCCCCCCAGUGGUAGUGAAUCCUGCUAGCAGUGCUACGGCCCGCCCUCCUCUUGCCUCUGGGCCCACCUAUCCUGGACGAUCUUCCCACUCUGCUCCAGGUGGACCCCCAGAGAGGAGCCUGUCGGCUAUAGCUGCUCAGCAGAGCUUGAUGAGGAAGCCUGUGACCCCUGGAACACCUGUUCCAGGAGUUGGGAUGCAUCCCCCAGGUCCGCCCCUGGCCAGACCUGUGCUCCCAAGGGAAAGAGGCGCUAUGGACAGAGUCAUUGAAUAUCUUGUUGGAGAUGGUCCACAGAACAGAUAUGCCCUCGUAUGUCAGCAGUGUCUCUCCCAUAACGGCAUGGCAUUAAAAGAGGAAUUUGAAUACAUUGCCUUCAGAUGUGCGUACUGUUAUUUCUUGAACCCCGCAAGAAAGACCAGACCUCAGGCACCCAGACUCCCUGAGGUCACUGGGGAAAUGAAGAUGUCAUCUGAGACACCCUUACAAUCGCCUGGUGACGACGUAGAUGGUGACCAGUCUGUUUUAGGGAAAUCCAAGCUUGCUGAUGUAUCUGCUGAAAUGGACACCCAAGAGCCAGGCACACUAACAGCCGCAGAGUCCAGUUCUGUGUCAGAUGGCCAAAGCACCCCAGAGUCACAAGACCCGCCCGCAGAGAGAUCUGAUGGAGAGCAAGAUUUGUCUGCCAUGGAAGUGGAAUGAAACAGCGGAGUAGUGAUUUCAACACAAGUCAGACUAUCUUUAUUUUUUCUUUGAGGAAACGUGCUAACUUUAAGUAAAUGCCGUAAGUUGGAAUAACACAGUAACAAGCCAGCAGCUGGUAUGAUUUUCAGCUUACAGAACACAAUGUCCUUCCUUUUGAGAAUUGUUUUUAUAGUUCUAGCAAUAGUAAUGAAUUACAUAGCACUUGCAUUUUGUAGCAACUGCCAAACAACCCAUCUUUCUCGUAAUGAUUAGAUGUUCAAUCAUCUCAUUGAGAGCAAUAAGGAUGAUGCUAAAUUAAGUUGUUUGUGAUGUUGUAUAGGAAAAGAUUUUUUCCAUGUUUGUUUUCCAUAUUUUAUUUGUUUUUGGCUAAAUUCUAACAUUUUGCUAUCUGGGCCAACCGGAAACUGCAAAGACAAAACAAGAAAUAUUUUGUGGGAAAAUAAAAUUUUAUUUAUGGGAGAUUAUUUAUUAAUAUUUUUCUAUAAUGCAGUGCCUUUCAUGACCAUGUCGACUGGGGUACUCUGUAGCACAGUGAUGCUAACAAACUGUUUACACAACCAUGAUAUCAUUAUAGGAACGCACAUACGGUAUGUAUUUAUUGCUAAAAGGGAGGAGGUUUACGUCGGUACAGUGCACCUGCUUUAAGUGCGUUUUAUAUUUUAAGUCUCUGCUUCAGAGUACUGUUGAUACAACGUAUUUACAUAUAGACAAUAAAGUCAUUAACUAUUUUCCGUCUUAAGUGACACUAUCUGUUUGCUGAAUGUCUGUUCUGUAUAAAGAAUACUUAAUAAACAU